AGACCACGGGCCAAACACGCAGUCAGACCACAUCCAGUCUAGAGCUGUGAAUAAUGGCAAAUUGAGUGACCCUUCAUAUCCACACCUUGGAUUGGAAACUGGGACUGGUCGUGGCUGGGUAGGAGAUUGGAGCUAGAGGACCGUGGUGUUAUUCUCAUCUCACAUCUCUCUAUUGGUGAGGCUCACAGCGGAGAGAGCAGCGCUCCCACAGAUUUACAUAUCAGACAGGAGAUCCUAGCAAACCACAGCAUCGCUCUCGCUCUCUCUGAAACCCUAAAGACUCACAAACGGCACCAGGAGAACUAGGAGCCUUUCCUGCUGCCGCAGUGAACAUAUGAUGUGACCAAGUUUGGAAAGAGAAGGUCAAAGAUGGAUAAAUCCAUUGUUCCAAAAUCCAGGAAAAGAAGGAAGUAGAGCAGUUAUGUUACGUUAAAGGUUGAAAUUUCUCUGAGCAUGCAGAAUACAUCGGGUUUGUUCAAGGUCAGCACUUCAUCAGGCUGGAGAAUGGCUGACCGAUGCUUAUCGAGCAUAGGAUCUCCUGCAGUCAGGACUGGCCUUUACCUCUUUAUAAUGGUCAUCAUGGCAGCAACUUUGGCUGGAAAUUUCCUUGUGGUUCUGGCUGUUGUCUACUUUAAACAGCUACGCUCAGCGACCAAUGCUUUUGUGCUGUCACUGUCCAUAGCUGAUUUCUUCGUUGGGAUCAUGGUGAUGCCCUACAGCAUGAGCAGGACAAUUGAAGGAUGCUGGCACUUUGGGCCGACCUUCUGUCAAAUCCACUCAAGCCUGGAUGUGAUGUUCUGCACCGCCUCCAUUCUUCACCUCAGUUGCAUUGCUCUUGACCGUUACUAUGCCAUCUGUGAUCCUCUGGUGUAUCGUUGUAAGAUGUCGCCCAGCAGGGUGGUUGUUCUACUCCUUGCCUGCUGGGUGGUGCCAGCUGCAAUAUCCGUUAUCCCGAUAAUGUUGCAGCUACACAGAUUAGGUGUUGAUCCUGAUUUGCUAACCAAUAGGAGCUGUGUGCUCAUGGUGAACCAGACCUAUGCUAUCUGGGCCUCUCUUAUAUCCUUUUACCUGCCCAUGGUGGUUAUACUCGUGGCAUAUUGGAAGAUUUACCAGGCAGCUAGAAAGCAGGCAAUUCAGAUUAAUGCUAUGGAUAACCAAGUCCAGGGAUAUGCUUCAGGCUUAGCAACAGCCCAUGUGCGCAAACAAUCCAAUAAACGGGAAAGAAAGGCAGCGAAAACACUGGGGAUAAUUAUCGGCAUAUUUCUUUCCUCCUGGUUGCCCUUCUUCAUGGCAAACAUCGUUGACCCUUUCCUGGGUUACAAGAUAGACAGAGGGACUUGGGAGGUGUUGGUCUGGCUUGGCUACAGCAAUUCUUCCAUGAACCCAAUUCUCUACGGGGUUGUAAACCGGUCCUUCCGACGAGCAUUCCUGAUCAUCAUCAGCUGUAAGAUCUGUGUUUCCCGAUCUCUGCAAAACAUCGACUUAUCCAACAGUGAGCAAGUUGCCACGUAGGAGAUAGU